AUGAACCAAGAAUUCCCAGAAGAUCUCAUCUCUGACGUCCUGUGGAGGCUUCCGAUCGGCCCUUGGACUGGCCGAUUCCGCUGCGUCUGCAAAUCAUGGUGCACUCUCUUCUCCGAUCCCUCCUUCAUCCUGCGAGAGAAACCCGUGGAUUCUGGUCUUCAAAUCUUGAUCAACUCCUUCAACGACGACAAGAGGUCAGUUUACAGUUUGCACUCUGCCGACACACUCGAGCCCCUCCUUCCUUGUCCUCUCCAGCUACCCUUCAACGAAGAGAAGCCCCUCGAAGUCGUCGAAGAUAAUGACCGAUGUUGGAUUCCCCGGUUUAUAACAAUUGCAGGUUCCUGUAACGGCAUGAUUUGCAUAGCUGACGGUGAUUACGAUCUGAUUCUUUGGAAUCCGGCCACCUCCGAGACCAAGCUUGUGCCGCCUUCCCCUUUCCGUCCCAACUGGUUUCUUCAUACGGUUGGGUUUGGUUUCGAUCCAGAAACAGAGGACUACAAAAUCAUUAGGCAAUUUGAGUUGGACGAUGGCUCUUGGGGAAGCAGUUAUUUCUUAGAAGUUUACUGUUUGAGGACUGAUUCUUGGACCAAGUUAGCCGAUGAUGAGAAUGGCUAUUAUCUGCCCGCCUACGAUUCCCAGAUGCCGCAAUGUAACAAGGGAAAGUUGUAUUGGUGGCGCUUGAAUUGGAACCCAGGCGGGGAACCGUGGAGUUUAGGGUUCGUGUCAUUUGCCUUUAGCAGCCACCAGUUCCGAACAGUGGAUUUGCGUUUGCCCUCUGAGGUUGAUGAUGUGUGUGGUAAACUGGAAUAUCUGUUGAACGAGGAGUACAUGGUUGCUCUCUUUCCCCAUAAACCUUCUGAUCUCAGAUGUGCCAUCACGUCUUGUGAGAUAUGGGUGCUCUUGAAGUAUUGGGUGCCGGAGUCUUGGGCCAAAUUGUUCGUCAUUGCGAGCCCGUCGAUUGAAUUGGAGAUUUUUACCUUCGGAAUUUCGAGGAAUUUGAAGUGGCUGAUUUUGAAGUAUCAUGACAACGGCUACCACAACAAGGAUGAGUUCCUCAUUGCCAUUUGUCCGGAGACUGGAGAUUUGAGAGAUUUUCAUGAUCUCGACAUUCCGACAAGGAAAUUUCCGGUGACCGUGAUUAAUUACAUGCCCUCUCAAGUUUGUAUACGUGAUUGCUGCGCCGUCGUCGAAUUAGACUCUGGGUUGUUCGGUGGCUCACGUCCUCUGUUUUGCGAUUGA